AUGCAUUGUUUGUUAUUUACCACCAUACAGGAGGAGGCUAGGAUUUGGUUUAACCAUAGAUCAACCUGUCCUCCAAGGAUCUCAGUUUGGUGUUGUUCAGCUGCUUUGCAUUUCGCUGCAGGAGACGAUCGUUUUCAAAGUGAAAUCUAUUCCAUUAGAGCUUUCUUUUAUUAUGAUCUCGAAGAUCUGGCGAAGUCUGAACAAGAUAUCAAUGAGGGCAAAAAAUUAAACAUUGACCUAACAUUGGUGGGUUCUAAAUCAUUGUGAUAAUUCGUAAAUAAAAAUAGAAACAUAUAGCGUGUUUUUUUUUAAAUUUUGAAAAUCUAACGUUGCCUGGAUCUCGUAAGCCCGUAAGCUAGGAUCUUCUACAAGUAAUUAGUGUAAUGUAUAAACAAAACAAUUACAUGUACUAUUUUUGUCAUCCAUGUAGCAAAUGGGCAUGAAACUGAAGCAGCAAGGCAUAAACGUGCUUCGUUCAGGACAGUAUAACGAAGCUGCACGUUUACUACAACUUGCAGAAAUGUUUUUCCGGCCACCAUGGCGUGUCCACCAGUCACAGAAACACUGGCACGAGUGCUGGAAGUGUUUAAUUUAUGCAUCUUGGCAUGGUAAAAUGUAUGGAAGAGCUAUCCAAGCCGGAAAGAAGUGGCGACAAAUGGAGCCGAUUACUCGUCAGGUAUGUGAAGUUUCUUGGUGUGCAUUUGCAUGCACUAGCGGUCUUGGACUGGAUAUAGAUGCGACUGGUUGCUUGGAAUCACCGGUCCUCUUAAACACCGUCCGUGAACGUUCAUGCGUGAACAACCGCUUGGACGACCGCGAAUACCUUCUUUUCUCGAAUUUAGCAUUAAUUCUACGUUAUGAUUUAGAGUGAAUGAAAAGUGAAAGUGGUGAUAAGAAAGUAGUUGAUUUUAAUCAAGAAAGUGCAUCACAGAGGAGAAAUAUACAGAGAGGAAACUGUACCUGUGAAGUAGUGCUUUCGUUUUGACGGAAGCUCCUUAGGAGGCUAAGGACAGGGAGAGAGAGGCUUCUUCCUUUAAAAGACGUUAUUAGAGAGGUGUUCGAGACUUAUCAUGUAUAUAAGGGCUUAAUAGAGCUGUACAUAUGAAGUAGAGCUAGCGCUGCUCCCGAUUGAUCGAUUAAUUUUUUGUGUUUCUGGUAAUCGAUUGAAAAACACAGCCGUGCAUAGAAUGAUACUUGGAUAACUUUCUUUCCUAGUUGAAAAAAUUACGAGGAGAUGGUAUCAAAGCGACUUGUUUUUGUUUUAUUCUCUGCUACGACCAGCGCUCCCAUUGGCUGUCAAAUAAAAUAUUUAAAACAUGCCCCCUUCUUUGAAGCAACAUUUUGUGGACGUGUUUAGAUUUAUUCAAUACGAUUAAUCGAUUGUUGAUGACGAUUGAUCGAUAAUGAUAAUGAAUCAAUGGGAGCAGGUCUAAUAGAAAGUAGACACUUUGCAUUCUGGAUAUAAUUGAAAUGAAUGAGAUAUUAGAAAAUACAGGCUCUAAAUAGUAAUAAUCUGGGAAAUAAUAAUAUUGUCUAAUAUAUAACAGGAGGAAGCCAAUGAUUGGAAAGAAAGAGGAAACGAAAUGUUUAAAGAAAGAAAGUAUGACAUCGCCAUUGAUUGUUACACUCUGUCAAUUCAGUAUGCAGCUCCUGCCGACGAUGUACUACUGGGAACACUGCACAGUAAUCGUUCACAUACUUACCUUCAAAAGAAACAGUUCAAGAAAGCCAAAGAUGAUGCUGAGAAAUGCUUGAAGUAUCGUCCAAAUUGGUCCAAG